AUGGCCGAGCCAGCCCAUAAAGGGAUUCUCAGAGACGAGACGAUCAUGCUUCGCUGGAUAUUUGGCUAUUCUCACGGUGCGAAAUUGCUUGAUGGCGCGAGCUGGCCCGACAUACCUCAAACAUCUGUACCACGCAGGCUUAAUUCCAACAUCAAGGACCUAGGAUUUCUCAGCAUUGAUGUUGACCAAUUCAGGGUGGAAAAUGGUGUAAUACAACGAGUCGAGAUUGGUUUGUCUUUCCUGAAAGCACGAGCUCUACAACAAUUACACUGCAAAACUAUGCAAGGUGGCAACUUGGCAUCGCGCUUUAUCAAAUCUCACCAUUUGGUGUUUGGUCCCAAGAAAGAAUUCCAUGGGAGAUCGCACCUCUUUUCAUUUGGAAAUGCAAGGCCGAUUAAGUUGUGGGAUGUAGGAGCCGUGCUCGAACGGUUGACUAGGAAGCCUUAUGUUCUUGUUGUCCACGGGGCAAAGCAGGAGCUCUCACUGCUCUCACUGCUGAACAUAAAGCUUGAACCCGUUUUCAUUAUCGACACUGUCAAGGCAGCUCAGUAUCCACUACAGCUUUGGUACAGAUACAGUCUGAAGCAGCUGCUGGAGGAGUUUAAGAUACCAUACUCGCAUCUUCAUGUAGCGGGAAAUGAUGCACACCUCACACUCCGAGUGCUUCUCAUGUUAGCCGUCAAAGACGCUGAGAAUAACCUGUCAGGGACGCGUCUGCCUGAUUGGGUUCCGAUCUUCAAAGCUGUUGCUCAGUCUCCGUUGCCCCCGAGACCCCCAACCAAGCGAGAAAGAGCGGCCAUGGCUGAAGCAGAAGCUGAACGACAGAUGAAUGGCGAUCGAAGCGAAGGAAACACGGCUAUGGACGGCAGCGAAUGA